CAUACAGUAUAAAAUGAAUUCUCCGUGCUCCGUAAACUCGACAGAAGAGAAAAAGAGACGUGCCGGUUUAGUUUUCACUACAUUUGUCCACAAGAAUAUACAUAUCACUUAGGGCCUAACUGAUCAGAAUGUACACCACUUCCUUCUAUCUAGUGAUGUUGGUGCUGACACCAUGGAUGGCAAGUGGAAGGCCAGCAGAAGAGUCAGUUCAAACAGCUUCUCGAGACUCACGUCAAUUGCUAUUACCCUAUUACGUACCUGUGCAGCAACCCAGCUUCCAGGGUUAUGGAAAUCCAUUGGGAGCAAUGAAUCCAGAAGCUAAACUUCAAUUGUUACAAAGGCUGUUAGCCGUGUCAGCAGCAAUUUCCACUGCAAAUCAGCCUUCAGAUCAAUCUGGUUUCAAGACUACUCCCAAUAAAAAAAACAGUGAUACAAUAAUGGAUUCCAAACUCCAUAAACAGGAGUCUGCCGCAGAAGUACUGGCAGCACUAGGCAUCCGUAACACAGCGGACAUACUUACGCCUGAAGUAUUUCAACAAAUCGAAGGACGUCCUGAUAUGCAAUCUAUAAUGAACACGAUUAUACAAACCGUUACCAACGCCCUUAUCCAAGCCAUAAUGAACCAGUUUUUUGGUUAGUUGACAGUGGAAAUGGUCCAUUCGAUAAAAUAAUUUCUGUAUUUUCCUUCUUAGCCCUAUCCUAACUAACUUCUCUAUGCUAAAACAGUUAGACUGGCCACAGUUCUAGUUUUCUGUAAUUGAACCUAUUUAUGUGUAACUCGGCAAAUACAAUAUCAGCGCCUAUGGCAAGCCAAA